AUGUGCGCCCCCGGCAUUGACGACAUUGUCCGCGAUUUCCACAUUGAGUCGCCAGCCGUGAGCACGCUGGCCAUCACUGUCUACGUAUUGGGCAUAGCCGUAGGCCCGAUGCUCAUGUCCCCGCUUAGCGAGGUCUACGGCCGCCUCCCCAUCUACCACGCCUCCAAUCUGAUCUUUGUGGUCUUCGUCAUUGCCAGCGCCCUCAGUAAGAACCUUGCCCAAUUUAUCGUGUUUCGAUUUCUCUCCGGUUGUGCUGGCGGCGCGCCGAUGGCGCUCGGCGGGGGUACAAUUGCCGACGUGACGUCUUUGGAACAACGAGCCUCCGCCAUGUCGCUCUUCAGCCUUGGCCCGCUAACUGGUCCGGUCCUUGGCCCGCUCAUCGGAGGAUUCAUCGCGGAUGCCAUCGGUUGGCGCUGGACGUUCUGGGUUUUGGCCAUAUUUGGGGGUGCCCUUGCAGUUGUCACUGUUGCCAUUAUGCGGGAGACGCAACCAAGGGUCCUUCUAGGGCGCAAAGCUGAACGACUUCGCGCCUCUACCGGGAACCAAGAUUUGGUAUCGAGGCUUGCUCGCACCGAGUCUGCUAAUGAGAUCCUUGUCCAUGCCCUGGUUCGUCCCGUCGCACUCCUCUUCCGCUCGCCGAUUCUCCUCGUUAUCUCGCUAUACGUGGCACUAGUUUUUGGGCUGCUGUAUAUCCUGUUUACCACAUUUAGCCCUGUAUUCGAGGGGCAGUACGGCUUCACUAUGUCUACGUCUGGCUUGGUCUACCUGGGGCUUGGCAUUGCCCUAAUUCUCGACGUUCUUCUUUUUGGCGCGAUGAACUCUCGCGUACAGGCCAAAAUACUCAAAGUCCAUGGCUUGGAGCGGCCUGUACCCGAGCACCGUCUCGUGCUCAUGAUCUUUCUCAGUCCACUUGUCGCUAUAGGCAUGUUCAUCUACGGCUGGACGGUCCACUAUAAGGUCCACUGGAUCGUACCCAUCAUUGGCACUACAUUCGUGGGCUUUGGAGCCUUUUUCGUGGUUAUGCCCGCGCAACUCUAUAUUGUCGACCUAUUCGGAUCCGAGGCUGCUGCGUCCGCCCUCAGCGCCAAUCUUCUACUGCGGUAUGCGUCUGGAACAUUUCUGCCACUUGCUGCCCCGAGUAUGUAUAAGACAAUGGGCUAUGGCUGGGGAAACACGCUGCUCGGCUUCCUAGCCCUGGCCUUUAUUCCCGCCCCAAUCCUCUUCUAUAAGUAUGGCGAACGCCUACGUCGAAACACCACUACUGCAACAUAAAUGGGCCAUGUGGCUGCCCAACGAAGAAUCAGAGCCUACUACUGGCGAAUAUACGAGGCGCGUAACAUGCGCGGUUGGCUUCGUCGCUAGUUUUGGCGGCAUGACGUGACUUACUAUAGUUCAUGAAUUGCAAUAGCAUUUCUAGAUGUCUGAUGUCUGAUGGGAGCGUGGGUGUCGCAACGCCUGCAACUAUAAAAUCCUAGGUGGCUAGGAUAGUGAACUGGACCAGACAUGGAGACAGGACGGAAAGAGCUUGAGAACGAGUUAGGGCUCAGAGUCUGGACAUGGUUAGGUUGCUCGUUCUUGAUGUGCUACGGGCAAUGGCAUACCUUGAGGCACGAAGAUCCGAAGAGAACUUAAGCUCCUUGAGGCAUUCGGG